AGAAUCUUAAGUAUAAAAGGGUAAUAUGGACCCUAAAAAGAUCUCCAAAGAAAUUUCUAAUUGCAGAAAAUUAUCUAAUAGCAUCAUUGAUACUUUCAAAACCAAGGUAGAAGAAGAGAAUGUGAGACUUAAAUAGCCAUUUAUUAGCCUCUCAUCAGAAAGAAUAUAACUGGAAAUAAAACAUUUGAAGAGUUUGAAGACAGAGAAAGUAAAAUACAGUUUCUUCUCAGGAAAAUAGAGGAAAAAGAAGAAGAAAUCAUGUCAAAUAGGCGAGUCCAAGAACUCACCAAGAACCUAUCGAAUGCUAACAAAGAUGCUAUCCGGCUCAAGAACGAAGAUGAUGCGAAUAAAUAAGAGGAUCCAGAAACUCAACCUCAGCUUAAAUUUAAGCAUUCUUGAUAUGAACUACUACAAAAACCAAGUGAAAGUUAAACUGAAAGAAAAGAAAUCAAUCGAUUCUCAGCUAAAAGACCUAAAAAUCGAAAAUAAAACACUUAAAAAUAAAAUAACUCAGUUAGAAACCGAGCUUGAAGAAGCAAAACUGUGGUCAAACCACAACCAAAAAGAAGUCAUUUGUGACUGCCAUGAACUCCUGGAUUACCUGAAGAAAGACCUUAUCAGUGAUCAAGAGGCUGAUAAUGAACCUCACAGCUCAAAACCUCAGGGUAGGGUAGAGUCUAGAUUUACUAAUCUCUACAAACAACUUAUCAGUCAGAUCAGACAUCUAAAAAGAGAGCUUAUAAAAGUAAAACUAUCUAAAGUGCACACAAGUAAUGCUUCCCCAGAAAGUAUAACUGACAUACAAAGUAUGGUAUCGCUUCCUUCAAACUGUGUCCUAGGAAUCCCAAAAGAAGUCCUUCAGCCAGCUCAAUCUUCAAAGACAGCAAGACCAGACAUAAGGAAAUAAAUUAAAGAUAAGUGAUAAUCAAUUGAAGAGACCUAUGAAUAAUUUUGUCAGACCAAAGACAAAGUCUAUCAAGAAUGCUAAUAAUCCUCGCUUGGGGAAUUUCUUCAAGGCUUAUCAUAGCCCUCAUCUUCGGUCAUACUCCCCAGUAUUCUCAGAGAGGCUCAACAAACUUCGUUGGUCAGAAGAGACCUCCAAAUUUACAAACGCUCAAAUCAAGCAAUUGUCACGGCAAAAAGAACUUCAAAGUUGUUUUUCUCAUAAUGAAUUGGAAAAUUUCCAGAAAGUAAUGGCUGAUCCCUUCGAUUGAGUUGAAGAAAGUGUCGAGAUGACUCCUAAGAAGAGCAUCAUCUUCAGAACUAGUAAAAUACCUCUGUCCCCCUCUGUAAAGCUGAGAAAAGGAGUCAAGAAGGUCUUCAAGAUCAAAUAAAAGAUUCAUAACCAAGUUAGAUAUCUUCAUAGAC